ACACACAUAACGAAGAGUAAAGGGUGGGGGCCAUGUACGAAUUCUGCUCCGCAGGCCAAGCAUGGCGUUGUCAACCGCCCUGAGCCCCUACCACUCAGCCUCCUCCUCUUCUCACCAUCGAUCCAAGGAGAAACACAAGAGCAAACUGCCAAAAAGAAGGCUAUUCAAACCCAACACAUCCAAAAUACAUCAAAAGAAAAGGCCUAACUAAGGUUGCUGGAGCACCAACGAGGAAGACCCCAGACAAGGCACAAGUCUUGAUUCUCAGCAGAGGCGGGGAUCCUUCUCCAAGAACAAAGACAAGCCGUCACAUCACCCAAAAAUUCUACUAACCAAACCAGCAGAGUCCACACCGCAGUUCCCAAAUAUACGGCCAUUUCUCUCCCUCAAAGAUGAUAUACAGUCACUGCAAGACAGAGCUUAUACAUGGUCCUUGGCAAUGCGAAACCCUUCAGGGGUGCUCUCUCUGGCUUAAUGGAAAGCGGAAGAGAUUAGCAUUGAUAGCAUUCCCCAGAAGGAGCCAUCCCCCUUGGAGUGUUAAAUCAUUGCUAGACAAUAGGAAGUCUAGAAUGAGUGACAAUGGGGCAAGUGAUCCUUCAAGGACUCUUUUGGAGAGGUUAUAUGCCCAGACGCAGAAACUGGAAGAAAUGGGUACAGAUUCUAGUCUCUUCAAUGAUGCUCAGUCGGGGAUAAAUCUUCAAAUUUUGGAGUCUGACCUCCAAGCCGCACUUGCCUCAUUGAAAAAGAAGGAAGAUGAUCUACAAGAUGCAGAAAGCAAGGUGUUAUUGGAACGCACUGAACUAAAUUGUGCCCAGGAAGAGUUAGUCCAUAGAGAGAAUGAAAUAGCGGCUGCUUGCUCUGAGCACAUGAAACUAGAAGAGGAGCUGAAGCUAGCUAAUCUUAACUUAGCUUCUCAAGCCACACAAAUAGAAGACCUAAAGCUUCAAAUUAAACAGAGGGUUGACGAAAUUUCUACCAUACAAUAUGCACUGUCUUUUAAAGAAGAUGAAAUUAACAAACUGGAAAGGGAAUUAGUGAAAAAAAGUGAAGAAGCUGUCAAUACUGGAGUUGAACUAAAAUCCAAGGCUCAUCUCCUGGACGGGGCCAAUAGAGUUGUAAAGAAACAGGAAGUUGAAAUUCAGCAGCUUCGGGAAAAAAUCCAAGAGAAAGAAGAAGAACUACAAGUUUCUGCGUCAUUGCAGAAACUUGAUGAGAAGAAGUUAGAAGUUGCCAAGGCCAAUUUGGGCAAGCAGACAAUGGCGUGGCUUUUAGCACAAGAAGAGCUGAAAAAACUGUCAGAAGAAGCAUCUAAGCACAACGAAGAAGCUAUUGAAACUAUGGAGGAUUUUGGAAGAGUGAAUAAACUUCUUGCUAAUGUGAGGUCUGAAUUAGUUUCAUCUCAGAAAGCUUUGGCAUCCUCUAGAACAAAAAUGGAAGAUCAGGAGCAGCUGUUACAAAAACAACUUAUCGAACUUGAAGAACUAAAGAGAAGUGUCAUAUCUCAUAUGAAAAGUUUGAAAGAUGCCCAAAUACACGUAGAGAGCAAGAGCGUGAAGCUUAGGGUUGCGAAGGCUCGAAACAAGGGGCUCGAGCAGGACCUAUCAAUGGAAAAGGAGCUUAUUGAACAGUUGCAAGGCGAGUUGUGUAAUGAGAGAGCUUCACUGGAACAGGCAAUUCAAGAGAAGUCUUUUCUUCAGGAGAUGCUAGACCGAGAAAGUACCCAGUUUGGAGAAAUGCACAAUCUUCUUCAGGUUAAAGAGUUAGAAUUGGUAGAGGCCAGACUAGAAGUCCAGCAGUUAAAGUCUGAGCUGGCUUCUCUGCAGCUUAUUUUAGACGAAAGAAGUUUGGAACUCUCCAAUGCUGGGAAGAAGUUAAAGGAAGUAAAUGAGGAGAUUUUUGAGUUUAAAUCCCUUAAGAACAGUAGAGAAGACCAGUUUAUGCAAGCAGCAAGCAUGCUAAAGGAGAAAGAGGAGCAUAUGCAGUCGGUGCAAAAUGAUCUAUUUGAUACAGAGAAGAAAUUUUCUGAAGCCGAAAGUGUGGUUGAACGGCUUGUGGAGCUCACAAACAAGCUGGUUGUUUCCGUAAAGGACAAAGAGUAUGAAGGGUUGCACCUUGAUAAUGAAACGGAGACCAAUUCUUUGGGUCCAAUGUCAAAGAAACCAUCUGGCGAUUUCAAGUGGGGAAAGAAACAACUUGAAACUGAACUUGAGUUCACUGGAGAGCUGAGAACGAAGGAAAUGGAAAUUCUGGCUGCAGAGAGGGCUGUCAUAGUCAAAGAUGAAGAGCUCAAAAUGGUUCAAGGAAGAUUAGACGCAAGAGAAAAAGAAUUAAAGAAGCUGAAGGAAGAAAUGGUCCAAGAUGCUAAUGAGCUAAGGCAACUUUAUGCUUUGGCCCAAGAGAGAAUUGGUGAAAGAACUAUGGGUGACCUGGCAAUUGAUAAGCUUGAACUGGAGGCGGCUGAAUUGGAAGUUGAAGCCGCAACAAGUGCUCUCCAAAAACUAGCCGAGAUGAGCCGAGAGCUUUUGGGUAAAGCUAGUUUGAGUUUUGAAUUGGAUUCUGACUCUGAAGUCUUUGCGCAUAAUAAAGAUGGUGAUCUUGGAGUAAAUGUGGCUAACAGUGAGUGUAUUGGCGAACUUACGACGAAAGUUGCAGGGCUUUGUUCUUUGACUGACCAGCUUUUGAAAGAGGCUGAUAUUGUUGUUGAUGUGAACUAGUAGAGGUAUUUUGAUAGCUACUGACCAGGUUUUGUAUAGACCUCUGUGUAGGAAAUGUUUGUAUCUAUUGUCAUCCUUGUUGUGCUAGAAAUGUCCUGACAUGUUGUCAUGAAGUAGCCAUAUAUGGUUUACUUGUGUUGUGCAGUUGUGUGUUUACCUUUCUAAUGAUUUGUACCUGUUACAGAAUAUAAUUACAGAUUUCAGACUC